AUGUUCCCCCGAAACCGGGCGAACAUCCUGCAGAAGUGCCUUCAUUUGGGCCAUCUCGGACGCAAGGUGGUCCAUCCGUGCAGACAACCCUGCAGGCACCCUACGCUUCCUCUGCGGAGCCGAGGAAGCAGUGGACACAGCCGCACGCUUAGACCCAGAGGGCUGGGCAGCAGGUGGCAGGCAGGGCGGCACCUCCGAAGAGCCCUCAUCCGGAUCCAGGGCCGCCAGGCGCUCCACGCGUACAGAGAGUGGCAGUACCGCACAAUUGGAGCAGGCGUCCACCUGGUGGAGAUGGACAGUGGGGAGACUACAGCCGAGCGGCCGGUCACCUUGGACAUCACAGAAGUCACCAAAGAAACUCCAACUCCUGCAUCUCCGGAGCAAAGCCCAGAGCCGUCAUCCAGUCACGCUGCCUCCAACGAAAGAGCAUUACCACAGGACGAAAGCGUUGAUUUAGGCGGAGACCUUAGGACGCCUGAAGAGGACAGCAUCGCAACACCGUCUGAGAGCAUAAUGGAUAAGCUUAAUGACCAAAUGAUGGAAAGUGUGAUGAUAUCUGACUCGCCGAACAACAGCGAGGAGGAUGAAGUACCAGCUAUAGACUCCAUUCUCGAUGCAGAAGAAGAGGAGCCGACCAGUGAUUUGGAGAUUCCUGAAACAGAAAGUUUAGAAAUUGGACAGAAUUCUCAGGAGAUCGUUUUCUCACUGACAGAUGAAGCCGCAGAGGAAAAAGUAGCGGACGAUUCAAAUAAAGAAACGUCCAGUCAGCAAGAUGACACAGGAAGUGAUAUAUUUUUUGACCACUCGGACAAAACAUCUGAAGAAAGUGUGUUGCAAGAGCUAGUGGAAACCAAAAACGUAAGCCCAAGUCAGGAGCCGAUCCCUGUUUGCACUAUCUUCAGUCAAGGAACCCAGCCCAAAGCUUUAGUCCCGGACGGAUUCCAACCAACCCUUAUAAAGUCCCCCAGUUUUGGCAUGAUGACCACGGGGGUGAUUGAGGAGGUAGUGACCCCCAGUAAGCCUCCUGCCCCCCUCAUAUGCCAGCCCAGCCCGAGUCUGAGUAAGUUCUUCUCUGACAAUGGACAAACCAAUCCGGCAACCGACUUUUUCGACUCCUUUACUGCUCCUUCUUCAUUUAUUUCAGUUUCUAAUCCAAAUGCCGAGCUGCCGUGUAGUCCCACACCGGAGCGGCAACUCUCGUCCACCUCCUCGUCCAUUUCUACCCCGGGGACGGCACUUGACUUUGGGACUCCCACCUCCGUGUUUGCCCCAACCCUGAAUGACUCGUGCAAAAGUCCCCACACCCCCGCGGUGCCGGUGGCUGCAGGUGCUCAGCCGCAGCCCUUCAAUCAGCUGCAGGCGGUGUUUUCAGGCAGUGACGACCCGUUCGCCACCGCUCUGAGUCUGAGUGAAGUGGACAGACGGCACGAGGCCUGGCUGCCGUCGGAAGAGACCAGGAAGAUUCUGAUUUCUGUGGGCGCUCCGCAGAGCAGCCCGGGCUUCGUGGAGACCAGCAGACUCACGAUGCCUGGACUCAAGUUCGACAACCUCCAGGGGGAUGCGGUCAAAGACCUCCUGCUCCGUGUCCUCGGUGAACAGGCCGCUGGGAAACGGCAGGUCCUCACUGCCAACUCUGUGGAGCAGUCCUUCUCCGGCCUCAAACAGCUGAUUGCAUAUGUGUGUCGGGCGGACUGCGAAGGAGCGAUGAAGAGGAGGAGACGGGAGGGUCAGAGCGAUGAAGAGGAAGAGAUGGGAGGGUCAGAGCGAUGA